AUGGAAAUCCACUGCAAACACGACCCUUUCGCAGCAAUGCACAGGCAUGGAGGGGUGAAUCAGCUGGGUGGGGUGUUUGUAAAUGGGCGGCCGUUACCUGAUGUGGUGAGGCAGAGGAUAGUGGAGCUGGCCCAUCAGGGUGUUCGCCCUUGUGACAUCUCUCGCCAGCUCCGGGUCAGCCACGGCUGCGUCAGCAAGAUACUGGGCAGGUACUAUGAGACAGGCAGCAUCAGGCCAGGGGUGAUUGGAGGAUCCAAACCAAAGGUUGCUACACCAAAAGUCGUCGACAAAAUUGCUGAUUACAAACGCCAAAACCCCACCAUGUUUGCCUGGGAGAUCCGAGACAGGCUGCUGGCAGAGAGAGUGUGUGACAAUGACAGUGUGCCCAGCGUCAGCUCAAUCAACAGAAUCAUUCGCACUAAAGUCCAGCAACCACCUGGCCAAUCAGGAGCCGUUUCUGCGCAUAACUUAGCCUCUACCGUGGCAGUGACGCAGGUUUCUGCAGUAACCAGUGAUGCCGCAGGCUCCUCCUACUCCAUCAGUGGAAUUCUGGGCAUUAGUUCACCUGCCGAUGCCAGCAAGCGGAAGAGGGAUGACCCUCUCCAGGAUUCUCCAUUGGCGAAUGGCCACAGCCACUCGGGACGGGACUUCCUGCGGAAGCAGAUGCGAGGAGAACUCUUCACACCACAGCAGCUCGAGGUAUUGGACCAUGUCUUUGACCGACAGCCCUUUCCUGACAUUUACCCCAUCUCAGACAGCAUCAGCUACAAGCCCUCCCAGACGUCUGAUUAUUCGGCUAUGGCGUCUCUGGCUGGUGGAUUGGAGGAGAUGAAGAACAGCUUAGCCAAUCAGACGGGGGCAGAGUUGGGAUCCACAGUUGCAGGACCUCAGUCUUAUCCACUCGUAUCCGGUCGUGACCUGGCCAGCACCACGCUCCCAGGAUACCCUCCUCAUGUACCUCCGACGGGACAGGGCAGUUACUCCACACCCUCCCUCACUGGGAUGGUACCUGGAGGAGAUUUCUCUGGCAGUCCUUAUUCCCAUCCACAGUAUUCAACAUACAACGAGUCUUGGAGAUUUGCAAACCCAAGUCUAUUAGUGUUCCAGCAGGAGUACGGUUCUUUACUAGGCUCAGAGAGAGCAGCGUCAUCGGGACUAUUCCCUGGUCAAACUCCACAACCCACAGGAUCUCCAUACUACUAUAGCGCAGCCACACGAGGAGCAGGAACGGCUGCGACCGCAACUGCCAGUGCUUACGACCGUCACUGACCAGCCAGACAGAGACGUCAAGGAGCGGGAGACACAAAAUAAACAAAGAGGAACAAAGAGAAGGGUUUGAUAGCACCCACACAAGACUGCCUGCGUAUGGAAGAAAAUAAGGGGAAAAAAGCUGAAAGAAAGAAGAGGUGACAAUGUUUUCCUGCCAAUUACAAUCAAUGGUCCAAUCAGUAGCUUCAUCUGAUGUGUCUAAUUUCUGUUCAUUAGUGGAAAGCAAACCCCCAUUCACCUGUUUCCCUGUGGUCUCAGCUCACACUAAAAUUG